UAUAAUAUCGCCUACCUACACUAGUAGUAGUGGAUAUACAUAUAUACAACAAUAUAUAUAAUGAUCAUUAUCCUAAGGAUAUGGAGUUCCUUCAUGUUCUUGUUUUGAGUGUGUUAUGCAGUGUUUUAUGUUGGGCAUUUGUGCGGAAGAGACGCAGUAGCAGAAGCUCGGUUCCCACAAAUUGGCCUAUCAUCGGAAUGGUUCCAGCGAUCCUUGGGAAUGCUCACCGGAUCCACGACUAUCUGACGGAGCUCGUCAAACUCGGAAAUGGCACAUUUGAGUUCAAAGGGCCUAAUCGUCAUAUCUUUGGUAACAUGGACAUGCUUUUCACUUGUGACCCUGCUAACAUCAACCACAUUCUCUGCAAAAACUUCGCAAACUACCCAAAGGGUCCCCAUUUCAUGAAAAUCUUUGGAGGAGCUCUCGGAGAUGGGAUAAUCAGCACGGAUUCUGAGCUUUGGGAGCUUCACAGGAAGACCACCACGCCCCUCAUGAAUCACCCAAACUUCCGCGCUUUGUUAGAGAGGAACGUCGCGGAAAAGAUAGAGAAUGGGUUGUUUCCAGUUCUUGAUCAUUACGCUGAACAAGGAAUCCAGGUUGAUUUGCAGGAAAUUUUCUAUAUGUCCACUUUUGACGUAAGCUGUCUGCAGUUUUUCGACGUGGAUCCGGGCACCCUCUCCCUUGAUUCGCCUGGAGACCAUCCAUUUUGUAAGGCCAUCAGGGAGGCAGUGAACGCUAUUUUCUACAGACAUAUACUCCCGGAGAGGUGUUGGAAGUUACAGAAAUGGUUUGCCGGGAUUGAUAGAGAGAAGAAGCUCAGUGAAGCUGUAAAGACUGUUGAUCAGUUCAUAUACCCGAUCCUUUUGGAACGAGGGAAAAUCUUACCGAGGACAGAUCAACUCAACAAAAAUCAACAACUGCCUAGUAAUUUCAGCAUGGUGACUUCUCACAUUGAAGCACACCGGGGAAAGUCGAUGCAAUUUCUCCGAGACACCUUUCUGGCUUUGAUAAUUUCAGGAGCAGAUACCAUGGGCUCAGCACUCACUUGGUUCUUUUGGCUCCUUGCCAAGAACUCACUGGUUGAAUCAAAGAUCCUUGAAGAGAUCCUUCAACUAAAUCUAGUAAAAGAAGACAAUAAGGUUGUGGUUUUUAAGGCUGAAGAAUGCCACAAGUUAAUCUACCUCCACGCUGCUUUUUGUGAAUCUCUUAGGUUAUUUCCUUCCUUUCCCAUCAAUAACAAAACACCAAUGGAGACAGAUAUUCUCCCCAGUGGCCACGUUGUUACUCCAAACACGAAAAUAUUACUGCCAUUUCAUUCAAUGGGGAGGAUGGAUGCAAUCUGGGGUGAAGAUUGCCUGGAAUUCAAGCCUGAGAGAUGGAUUUCACCUGAUGGAAGAAGAAUCAAGCACAACCCAUCUUACAAGUUUCCAGCCUUCAAUGCUGGACCCAGAAGUUGCAUAGGCAGGGAAAUGGCUUUCAUUGAAACGAAAAUGGUUGUCGCUAGUACAAUAUGUCGCUUUGAGUGUCAGCUGGUAGAACCUCAUUCUACACCUCUACUUAGAGAAUCAUUUCUUCUUGAAAUGAAACAUGGUUUGAAGGUCAAGCUCACCAAGCGUAAGUACUUGUGAACCCAUUAACACUCUCUCAACAAUCAAUUAUAUAUAUUAUCAUCAUAUUGUGUUAAUUAAAAUGCUCGCGUAUAUAUGUUCUAAUAAUAUAUGGCCAGGUAGCAUAAGUAUCUGUACGUAGACUCUUGGUCUUUAUGUGAAUCUUGUUGAGAAAAUUGAAGAGAUUAUUAAAUUAAAUAAAAGUCUGUAUUAAGAGUGCAAGAAUCUUCUUAAUAUUUUUUUUUAAUGUAAUGUAAAUGUGUUUGUGUUGAUA